CGCUCCACAUGAGGAAGAGUCUUCAGACGAAGAGGCGCAGAUGCCCGUACGUUUAACGAGAGGGAGAUCCAGAGAGGGAAAGAGAGGGAAUCCUGCCACGUCUCAUCCCGAAGAUCCCUUUGUUCCUGCCGACGCAGACAGAGAAAAGGAUAUGCAGACUGAUGAGCGAGAACAGCUGUCAGAAGCAUCCAUGGUGAAGCACAACCACAGUGCUGGGCCGGGAUCAGAGCGGCUCUGUGAUCCGGAUGGGUUUCCGCCUCAGGGUUUGGACAUGAAUUCUGGUCACUCAGACACGCAAGAACACACACACUGCGACUCGCGGCACACAUCCAAAAUGACUCGGCAUGAUUCAGGACCAACAGUGUCAAUGGGUCAUGGAGCAAGCAGCAGCCUCAGCCCCUACACUGAGGUAGACCUGGUUGCAAGAAUGAUGAAGCUCGCGCAGCCAACUGGAAUUCAAAAUCACUCAACCAGACCUACCAGGAGAGGAGAAAUAUCAGCAAACCAACUAGGAACAUCUGGGUCUACACUGUCGACACCAAUGCAGUCUCCAAGUCCAAAGACAAACCCAAACCCUCUCUCUGCAUUCGUCUCUCCACGUUGUCGUUCUCUCUCUGCCUGCUUGUCUCGUCCUGCAUCGGGCUCAGGAAUAGGUCAUGCCUUGCGUCCGUUGUCCCGGGCAGCCCAGGAGAUCAUGGACAUCUGUAGUGUGGACCAGAUGGGCUGCGAGGACCCCGACCUGGACACUGACACCACUGCACACACACUCCGUGAUCUGGAGCAGGAACUCAAACUCAUGGCAAAUGGAGCAGAGCAGCAGGCUGUGGUGUUUGGUACGAGAAACAGAUAUAGUCCAAAUCAGCAUGAGAAUCAUCGGUUCUCACAGGGCAGAGCCAGCGAGGAACAAAAGGACGAGGAAGCGGCUGCACAGAGAGACCGGCAGAGUGUCCUCUUACUGCCCUGAGAUAUACACACACACACACACACACACACACACACACACACGUUCACACAUUUGCUUGUUAAAUAAGGAGGAAUACAUGAACACAGAGAUAUGAGACUAACUAAAGUGGGCAAAAACACACAAAAUGUAACUUUAAUUGUGUUCAUGUGGGUAAUAGAUGUUGUCUAUAAUCCUAAAUAU